AGUACCUAUUUACAUCAUUGAUACUAUAUAGUACGUCAGUUCUAACCAUGAAUAAUAUAGUCCUGGAGAUAAGAGACGGUGAUAACGCAAAUAUCGACAUUGAAGGUUGAUCCUCUCGGUGCUACUCUAGCUACCUACGUAUCAGGUACAACUUACAAGUAUAAAAUAAAACGAAACUCACUUCACUUCUUUUGCCGAGCUCUUCUUUUGCGCCUCUCCUAAACCCUCAACUCACCUUCUUAUACACUAAUACAUACUUCGUACCUACCUACCUACCUACCUACCUACCUACCUACCUACCUAGGUACCUAAUAAUCCAAGAUGGCGUCAUUCCCUCCUUCUGCGUGCUGCGUCAAGGGUAUCAAGCACGAGGGCGAGACAACGGGCACGACCUUCAAAGUGGGAAAAUACGAUGCCUACAUAGCUACCCCCGAUCCUUCUUCCGCCAAGGACGGCGCGUUAUUGUAUAUCCCCGACGUUAUCAGCAUCUGGCAGAACAGCAAGCUGAUGGCCGACCAAUUCGCCGCCAAUGGCUAUCUCACUCUGAUCAUUGACCCCUUCAAUGGCGAUCCGUUACCUUUGAACCGUCCUGACGGCUUCGACAUAUUCUCUUGGUUGGCCAAAGGUAGCACUGGUGAUAAUCCUCACACCAAGGAGGCUGUUGACCCUAUAAUUGAAACUGCCAUCAAGUAUCUGAAAGAGGAGAAAGGUGUUAAGAAGCUUGGAGCUGUUGGGUACUGUUUCGGAGCCAAGUAUGUUGCGCGCCACUUCAAGAAUGGCAUACAGGUAGGCUACAUGGCACACCCGUCCUUUGUGGAUGAGGACGAGCUCGAGGGAUUCAAGGCGCCACUAUCUAUCUCUGCGGCCGAGACCGAUACCAUAUUCCCGGCGGACAAGCGCCACCGCUCCGAAGAAAUCCUCGCCAAGAAUGGCUUUCCCUACCAGAUCAACCUAUACUCUCAAGUCGAGCACGGCUUCUCCGUCCGAGGUGACCCCAACAAGAAAACGGAUCGCUUCGCUAGAGAGCAAGCCUUCAUUCAAGCCGUCACCUGGUUCGACAAUUGGCUAUGAUUCGGGAGGAGUGAGGUAUCGAGGUUAAGCUAGAAAUCCUGCACAAAUGCUAGGUAGCUUACAUGACUUUAAUGAUCAUGAAUGAAACAAAAGCUUUGACAAAUUAUCAUUAUAUGUAAAAGAAAAGACAUUGGGCGUUUCUUGAUAACCCUAUAAUCAUUGAUGGGUUGCUAUUUCUGGCCGUAACAAUGCCUCAUGUCAACUACCAACUCAAGCCUAGUACCCCUGGUAUGUGGAUAGGUACCCUGGGUACUUGAUAGAUAUUCAUACAACGUCAAAUGGU